AUGGCGGCCGUGGAAGACACACAAGUGCCAUCUCUGACCUCUUAUGAAACCGCCCUCUGUGUGCUCCCCCCGUCACAUCUGGUCGGCGAUAUCGACCGUCUACGAGCACUGUACGACAAGGCCCAUGGACGAUGGCCGCCACAUAUCAAUCUGAUCUAUCCAUUUGUGGCGCCAGAGAGUCUCACGCAGGCAGCAACAAUUGUCCAGUCUACCUUGGCCCGCCGAUCGCACGAUGCCAUCCGACUAUGUUUGGAUCGGUCGGACUUCUUCGCCCACCGACGCAGCAGCACAAUUUAUUUGACUGAUCACGGCAGUGCAGGAUCCGAAGCUCUGAUCCAUUUGCGACGGGAGAUCCUGGAUGAUUUUGGCCAUCCGUCGCAUGAACCCGGUCCUCUACACCUCACGAUCGGCCAGAGUGAGGCAGACGAGCCUGCACAGCGGCAGUUUCUCGUGGAAAAAGCGGGUCUGCUGCCAGAGAUUGAUUGGGACGUUGCAGAGUUGGUCAUCUUGAUCCGGGACCGCUCGCAGGGGCUGCCGACCGCAGCUUGUCGCAUGGAGGUUUGGGGGAAGAUCCCAUUGUCUCCAGAGCACGCUGUCAUACCAGGACCAGGCUAUGCUUGGGAGGAUAAUAUUGACCGGACGUAUCACGGGGAUGCGCCGACAGUACCAUCCCCACCGUCGAGAUCUCAUCCAGAGCCAGGAGUAACCUUCCAGUAUCAAGAGGCGCAGACUGACGGCGAACAAGGGAAAUGGAUCGCAGUCCCGGAAUCAUCGCCGUCCACUGGGAAAUGCACGCAUGUGGGAUCGCUCAGGGUAGCCUCGUACAAUGUCCUUAUCGACUCCCACUAUCCUCCGCCCACAGAGCGCUACCCCAUCCUGCUGCAGAACCUGCGCGCGGAGGCUGCGACAGCCGAUAUUCUUGUGCUGCAGGAGGUUUCCGACGACUUUCUGUCCUUUCUACUCAGAGAUCCGGAAAUCCGUCUGCGGUACCCGUUUACGACACAUGGCCCGCCAGAUCAGGCCGAUAUCAGCCCGUUGACGAGUCUGCGGAACAUUGUCGUGCUCAGCCAAUGGUCCUUUCACUGGGAGUGGCUUCCCUUCGAAACCCGUCAUAAGGGUGCCGUGGUCCUUAAGCUGGACAAUCUGAUAAUCAAUCAUCUUUCCAGCAAAUACGCUCAUAACCACUGGAUAGUAGCAGGGGACUUCAACAUCACAACAUCGUCCUAUACGCUCGAUUUGGCCGUGAAGCGGAAGUCUAUCUCGCCACAAGCUGCGUCUACAUUGUCCUCUCUGGGCGGCAUGCUAGCCGAGGCGGGUGAUCCACCAGGUAAUCCCUGGGACGGGCUGGACUUUGGUGCGCUGUAUGAAGGCGAAGAGGGGGCUACUUUUGACCCGACGGAGAAUUAUCUCGCUGCCCGUAUUCCCGGACAAAGCUUCCAUAAGCGGCCGCAGAGAUACGAUCGAAUUCUAGUUCGAGGGGAAGCUUUUGAAGUGCUUGGCCUGAACCGCUUUGGUGUUCCCGAUAUCGCGUCCGACGGGGUCGAUGCCCAGCUGGGGAGUGACCACUGGGGCAUCCGAGCGGUGCUGAAAGUACACGAAGCUGUGUCGGAUGCUGUGGAGGAGAAACCAUCCAUCGACAUCUCCAGGGCACGAGCUUCUCUAGGUGGUGUUGAACAAUUGAUGCAGUCUCUGUGGGACCACAACGCGUUCCCAUCACCAGAGGAAAUCAGACAGCGUCAGGAGGUUGUCGAUCUAAUCAGGCAAGUCGUGAACCAGCGGGAUCCUAAUCUGCCCACAGACACACGGUUGAGGUUCUCGUUUGCUGUGGUCCCUGUUGGGUCCUACGGACUCGGGGUUUGGAACAGCUCGUCCGAUAUUGACUUGCUGGUCAUCGGUCAGCUCAGCGCCCGGACAUUCUUCGCCCUCAUGGUUGCCAAGCUCCGCAAAGCUAUCCAUGGUGAGAUCAAGAUCCUGCGCAAGGUCAAGGCCGCGUCCGGCGUCAUGUUGGAACUGGAAGCUCGUGGUGUGCGAGUCGAUCUGCAGUAUUGUGCGGCCUCGCGCGUCGUUGAAAGUUGGCCGCAGGCCCUCGACCUCCCAGACGACGACUCGGCCUUUUACCUCCCAAUGCGUUCCCUGCUCAAACUCAACCCCCUACGGGACAUGCACUACCUGCAGCGCACAAUUCCUGACCUGGCCACCUUCCGCUCGGCCUACCGGUUCAUCAAAACAUGGGCCCAGCGCCGGGGAGUCUACUCCGCGAAGCUGGGCUACCUGGGUGGCAUCCACAUUACCCUCCUUCUCUCUAGUGUGUGCAAGCUUUCGUUCCAGAAGGCCGGCCCGCUCUCAGCGGCAGACAUGAUAUGCACCUUUUUCCGGCACUACGCGCAGUUCCAGUGGGAUCGCACUAUUGUCUACGACCCCGGCUUCUACAAGACUGCGCCGCGCUACUUCCGCACCUCCAGAGAACCCAUCGUGAUCCUCACCCAGAACACGCCCAAAGUUAACGUCGCGAGGGCUGCUUCCCUCCCAUCAGCACGCACACUCGAGCAGGAAUUCAAGCGUAUGGAUCGGCAGCUGGCUUCGCCGGAAAUCACCUGGGCUGGCCUCCUCGGCGCCGCGGGGAGCUCGAGCGGCGUUGAGGACUUCCUCACUUCGUACCCGAGCUAUGCUAAGGUGAAUGUGCAGUACUGGGGCGCGGGAGCGGCGAAGGGUAGGCUGUUAGUCGGCUGGUUGGAGUGGCGAUGUGUCUCGCUUCUCGUGGAUAUCCAGCGACGGUUCCCCGACUUGCAUGCCCGCAUCUGGCCCGCGCGAUUCACGGACAUGGAGGAGGCGAGCGAGAGCGAGGGCGAAUAUCAAGGCUGCUUCCUGAUCGGCCUUACUCGGGGCGAUGCGUCCAAGUCCACAACACCCAUGAGCGCAGUCGACCGCCAGUCCGCAGAAACCGCCCUCCGUGCGGUUCUGGACGCAUUCGCUGAAUCAAUCCGCGGAGACGAGAACUACUUCGAUCCGUCCUCCAACUGGGUCGACGUGACCUUGGUCUCGCCAUCCGGGGUCCGGGGUCUCCACGUUGACAGCUCGUCCUGGGGGAAUGCCGCGCACAGCGAGGACUUUUCCGAUGACUCGGACGACGAUAUUGAUCUUGAGGAGGAUGAGGAUGAAGAUGAAGCAGAAGGCCAGAAACUCCCCAGUCGCCCUAGAAUGCGGGCUGGUGGGAAUGUUCCUACUGGCUCGCGGUUGCGUCCGGCAAGCGAUAUCCUCAGUCGGUUACGAUGGGACGCAAACAUCGACAUCGACAAUUACAUUAUUGGCUACGACGACCGCUUCCUUGGGGCCAAGGAGAUGCCUGUUGGGCAGUGGAAGUCCGAGUUGACGGACGAGGCUUUUAUCCCGAUGCAUCGGAUUCUGUAUUUCCGGCGGAAGAGCGACGGGGUCAGGGUUUGGGAUCGGGAGACGAAGACGGAUCUGUUGUUUAACAGUGGCGUUACUACUCAGGGCGAGCGAUCAUGA